AAAAUGUUUAAAUGUAUUUAUAAACUUUAUAUAAUUUUUAAACGUAAACGAAAAAAGUCAACGUAUAAAAAUAGUAAAGAGAUUAGAAUGUUCGAUAAAAAUUUAUUAAAUUCAAUAUCAUCUACCCAAGAUUCUUGUAAUAUUAUAAUUAAAGUAGGUAAAAAAUUACCAGUCGAAGAAUUAACCCCUAUUAAAAAUUCAAAUAACAAUAACCCCUUUAGAGAUAAGGAAUUUUUAAGUGAAAUUUAUAAUCAAAAUUAUAAAGAAUUUCAUGUUCACAGUUCCAUUCUCUUGAAAGAUAUUAAAUCAAAAUAUUUUUAUAAUGCAUUGUCUAAUUUUACUAAUAAUAAUGAUUUGAAAAGUACUGAAAAAUGUAUGAUAAAAGAAAAUCAAAUUAUUGUAUUAGAAUUACCUGAUAUUAAUCCAACAAUAUUUGAAGUUAUUCUUGAGUAAUCGUUUAUAAUGGAAAUUUGGAUAUUAAUAAUUUCACUGCUCAAGAAAUCGUGUCGCUUUUAUUCGCAAGUUCUUAUCUUGACCUAAAAAAUCUUACUUCUCGUCUUUUUACAACCCAUUUCACUAAAAUUAUUCACGCAUUAAAUACUUCUUAUUCUACAAUUAAUCACUUUGAUGAAACAAUUUAUUCACAAAAGAUUGACCAAAGAAGAUAUAUAAUCAAUCAUU